AUGGCGCGGCUCUCCGGUCUGCAGCGCGAGGUAUUGUCCCUGUACCGCCAAUGUCUGCGCGAGAUCCGGAAAAAACCUACUGAGUCCAGAGCCAACUUCAAGGCCUAUGCCCGCGCGGAAUUCCAAAAACAUCUCUCGGUGAGCAAGAAAGACUUCGGGGCCAUCGAGUACCUGCUGCGCAAAGGCCAGCGCCAGCUGGAGAUGUACGCGGCGCCGGGAAUUCGCAAUAUCCGGUGA